AUGGCUGACGACGAGUUCUCAGCGCACGCCUUCCUCCAAGCCUACGAAUCCGGCACCUCGAUCGCUGGAAGCACCUCACAUUCCACAACCUGCUGCUGCGGCAACGACUCGUGCGCCCAUCUGCGUCACAAUCAAGCCGCUCUCGAGGGCUUGGAACGUGAUGUUUGUACUGCUGCCAAACUGGGUCAGGCUCUCCUCGUCAGGCAUGAAGCCUACAUCGCCGACUCGGAGAAGGAACGGGAGGCGAUGAAUGUACACAUCCAAACGCUGGAGAACGAGAAGAAAAUGCUGGAGGAACAAAACGCGACGGUGAUCGAAGAGAAUCGCAGCCUACUCGAUCAACUGGAAUCGCUCAACAACGCUGUUGCAGAAUCGGAUAUCCAGGUCACCAACCUUCAGGCAACCUUGCGCUCCGCCCAUCAGGAGCUACACAAGUUGUCCAGUCUGGCGUCGCGAACGGAGCAUUUGGAGCAGCAGUUGGCUGAAUUUGAGCGCGAGCAGGCGUUGUGGCAGGCGACGGUGCACGAGAAGGAAGGCGCGGAAAGGUCUGCCCUGCGAAGGUGGCAACAGGCGGAGCGGACACUCUUACAUUUGCAAGAGCAGACGGAGCGAAUCGAGCGCGAGGCAAAGGAGGAGAGGGAGCGGCAUGUUGAGGUGCUGCAGCGAAUGGAGCGUCGGCAUGCCGUGGAGAGGGAACUAGGCUCGGCGGCGGGGAGACUGAAAGGCGCUGCAGCAUCGAAGGGUGCUGGACAAGAUGCGAAUGGACCGACCGUCGUGUCGCAUUUUGUGAAGGACAUCCUCCAGGACAACGCAAAUCUACAGAUGGGAAUUGUGGAGCUGCGCGACAUGCUGCAGACAUCCAAUGAGGAGGUGGAAACCCUUCGCAGUCAGCUGUCCGUCCACCAACCCGUCGCAGAAGACAGUAUCGCCGAUACGACACUCCUCGCAACGCGUCCACACUUGUCCGAAGAGAUGCGCCGAGCCACAUCUCAGGAACUCCACGUUCACCACCACUACCACGCUCCUCCGGCAACGCCGAAGACAGCAUCGAUCCGCAAGCCCAAGAAGAAGCGUCACGACCCAAGCUCGCCGAUAUCAACAAAUCAACUUGAUGCAUUUGAGCGCCGACCUCUGCGGCGUGCCGCUUCUCACGAGUCCAUCAUGUCAUUCUCUGGCAUGGACAUCCAUACUCUCAAGAAUCGGCCAUCUCAAUUACUCACAACGCACGGCGCACGUUCAUUCACACCACAAGCUGUGGUCAGUGGUAUGACAGCACAUGCCACGCCUCAACGACCGACUGGUCCGAAACAAGGAAUUGGCAGCAAAGUGGGAGGAUGGGUGUUUGGACGUUGGGGAGCUUCACCAGCACCUGUCGUUAGCCACAACACUACGCUCGCCGCGCCGAAGCUCAAUCGUGCUCCGAGUGUGGCAUCCGGUAGCAGUACAGGCAAGUCCACGGAAGACCCUCACGCGACACCGAGGAAGCCGAAACUUCGGCCACCAGGGAUCAAUCAGACUGGGCCAAUUAUGGGUUUCUUUCCGGAAGUCAAGAUCCAGCAUCCACCGAUUAUGAAAUCCCUGGAUCAGGAUGCGUUGAAGAGUGUGCUUGGUGGUUGA